AUGCUAUCAACACCUAGCACGCUACUAAGUUCAGAUCACCCGAGCGCAAAGGUUGAUCAAAGCAGCAGUACCAGCAGCACCCCGUCUCCAGAACAGUCUCCAUCGCCACCGCCUCAAUUCCACCAGGAGAGCCUCGUGAAUGUCAACGAUGCCCUGUAUAAAAUUUCAGACGAGCAGGACAAGCUGUUCAACGAGGAAAUUCGGCAUACGUCGCUUACAGAUAGACAGCGUGCCGAGGCCAUCAUGAAGAUUCGCUCCGUUAGCAUGAAUGCAUCGUUACCUAUAUAUCUGUCCGUCAGCGAACCUAGGGCAAGUUUACACGCUGCUUCCCACGCUUCUUCAGGUGGUGAAAUAAAGGCCGAGGGCGCUCAUUCUCCAGAAACCUGUCAUCCGGAUAAAAAGCGCAUUCUCAGGAUUCUACUGAAUAAGGACGACCUGGCGGGUAACGAAUGGAUGAUUGACAUGGCAUUGGGCAAGAGGACCUUUAUCUCGAAAAAGGAGACAUCCUUAGGGAUACCUGGGCUACGUGGUGGCUUUCUGAAGUCCUCGCAUGAUGUAGAUGGAAGGAAGGAAGAAACCUCCGAGAAUGAAGAAAGCCCUGGUAGUAGUUCACAUGAACAGGGCGUGGGCUACCACUAUCCAACGGCUACUACAGUGCCCACUGAAUCUGCCAAUCGUGGGCAGGUCAAUUCCUCAAGUCCACCGUCGCAACCGCAGAGAUAUUUAGCAGGCGACAAAGAGUUGCUAUACCAGGGCAGUACCCUCGACAGAGAGCUCUCUCGGAGAUCCAUCAAGGAUAACGAUUCAGUCAACUCACCUAUACGUCUUUCACGCUCAGUAGACAAAAUCAUCCGCUGCCGAUGGUUUGAACCGAAAAUUUCCGGAUUUGGACCAGGGAUAUCUUACCUGAUACGCUGGGCUCCAGCUUGGGUUUCGGAGGAAAAAUAUUGGUCGUGCCGGCAAACUGCCAUUGGAGAGAUCUACGGGAGAAGGGAUGGGCCAGAUGGGAGAGAGAUCCUUGUGACAUGGAAUGAUAGCUGGGUAUCAUUUGAAGGGCGGGAUACUUGCAGCAUGGAUGAAGUAUUGAGUAUUGCAUCUUCUGAGGAGGGGCAAUAUGGACCGUGUGAUAGAGAGAGAAUUAAAACAUGGGUAGAUGAGAUAUUCAAUACCUUGCCGCGGGGGGCCACAGCUGCUGAAACUCUAGGUCUCGCAGAACUUGAUGGUCUCUCGUUCAACACUGAGACGUCCGUGACCCUGAGAGGUAACGGUUUGGCUUCGAGCAGAAAGGGAAGACGGAAUGCUACAGAUGAUUCUAGCGAUGCAGAUUCCGCCAACGCAUGCUCCAAUAAUACAGGCGACGAGAAACCAGUUCAGAGCGAACCGUUAUCGUCAAAAAUAGCUGACCAGGCGGUGGUGACUCAAGAAGAACAAUCGUCCACAAUUCAUAUAGACAAUUGGCCAGAGGAAGAGUUAUCUCAGGUAACGAACUCGGUACGUGGCUAA